AUGGAGGGUUUUAUUGGUCUUUUACUGCUUUCUGGUGUUGAGAAGAGUUGGGAUGUCCCUAUUAGAGAAUUAUACUUGGAUGAAAAGGCAAUUACUACAUAUAAGGCCACCAUGUCAGUAAAUAGAUUCGAGGAUACAAGGAAAAUGGUUAGAUUUGAUGACAGGCAUACCCAUGAAUCUCGAUCUGCAGAUGACAAACUUGCAGGUGUUCACUAUGUAUGGGAACUAUUUCUUGACAAGUGUAGAAAUAGAAUGAUUCCCACUGAUUUGCUCACAGCUGAUGAACAGCUAGUCCCAUUCCGUGGAAGAUGCAGCUUCACCCAGUAUAUGCCCUCUAAACCAGCCAAGUAUGGUAUAAAAAUAUUUUGGUUAUGUGAAGCUACAUCUGCAUAUGCUUCAGACAGAAUUGUUUGCACGGGAAGGAAGCCCUAUGAACCUAUUCAGAAAAAUGUUGGAUUGAAUGUGGUGAAAGAUCUAGCUAAAAGCAUUGAAGAAUCAUCAAAAAAUAUUACUGUUGACAACUUCUUUACUAGUGUGCAGCUGGCAGAAGAGAUGCUUCAGAAGCAAAUUACAGUGGUGGGGACAAUCAAACAAAAUAAACCAGAAAUUCCUAAUGAGAUGAAACUAUCUGCCUCAAGAGCGAUUCAUUCCUCUUUGUUUGCAUUUAGAGGUGACACUACAAUGGUGAGUUAUGUUCCCAAAAUGAAAAAGUCUGUAGUUCUCAUAGGCACAAUGCAUCACGACAGAAACAUUGAUGAAACUCAUGCAAAAAAGAAACCAGAUAUAAUGAAGUUCUAUAACUCUACGAAGGGUGGAGUAGAUCAAAUGGACCAGAAAAUUUGUUAUUACACUUGCAAGAGACAAACAAGAAGAUGGCCAUUUGCAUUAUGGGUGAAUAUGAUGGACGUUGCAGCAAUGAACAGUGAAAUUUUAUUUUCCGCCCAACAUCUGACAUACCAUAGUGGAAGCAGUGAUAAAAGGCAUUUGUUCCUAAGAGAUUUAGCAGAGGAAAUGGUAAGACCACUAAUGGAACUUCGUACUCAGAUCCCUAAUCUUCCAAAGAAAAUCGUUGAUGCCCUGCAAAGAUGUGGUGUUCAAAAAAAUGUCAUAUUGCCGAACCAGCUACCUGUUUCAGGAAAAAGAUGCAAUUAUUGUCCAUAUAAUAAACACAAGAAAAGUGAUGUGACAUGCAUUAAGUGUAAAACCAACAUUUGUAAGGAACAUAGUGGUGUUCUUUGUGCUUCUUGUUUGUCACAUGUUGAAGACUAA